UGGCUGAUUGGCUUCAUACGUGCUGUAGAGGUGCUACAGUCAAAUGAACUUGAAAGUAUUCCUGAUGAUCUCCUCGUCUUUGCCUGUGUCGCACUGAUAUCAGAAAACUAAAGUCCAGAUGAGGAAAAGGAGGAAACACGUACUUUUCCGCGAACUUCACCAAGUACUCCACGGGAAGAUGCUACUACGAGUGUUAGCAGUAGCACAAGCAAUACAAAAGAGGCUGGUGAAGAUCGGUUCAUCGCUGCAAAUGGGACGAAAUCUGGUAGCAGUAGGAUUAUAUUGGAGAAGUCAACGUUAGCGCUUGAUGAUGAAGGACAAAUACCUCCCAAGAUCAUCGGAUGCACGGACAUAUUCUUUGUUUUGGAUUCAAGUGGGAACGUCCUGGAACAGUACGAAAACCAAAAACUACUGAUUGGCAAUAUACUCAUAGAACUUGGAGAAUCAGAACGCCAGGUAUAG